AUGACCACUGCCGAUCAGGAGGUGCUCUCCAAGCUGCUGCCAAUCGUCAUUGGCAAGCUGGGGGCGGGCGCCAGCCCCGCGGUGCAGAAGAAAGUGCUGGAGAUCCUGUCGCACUGCAACAAGCGCACCCGGUCGCUGCCCGCACUGAGGCUGCCGCUGCGCGAGCUUGCAGUGCUGUAUGCAGCCCCCGGCACUGGGCCCAUGGCCCGCAAUUUUGCCAUUGUUUACCUUGAGCAGGCGCUGCCUGCGCUGUUGAACGGCAUCAGCAGCUGCCCGCAGCAGCACCAAGACAUGCUGCUGCGCAUGGCGGCGCAGUGCUGGGAGCACAUGGCAGUCACCGGCAACAGCUUUGCCCGCGGCAGCGAGAAGGAUUUCGCAGCAGCCUACCCCUUUCUGCAGCAGCCCUCACCGUCCGAAGCGGGGCCAGCCGAGGCAGGCCGCGGCAGCGGCACCGCCGCCGCUGACAGGAGGCUGGUCCUGCGCUUUGCGCUGCUGCUCAUGCUGUACCAGCCCACCUCAGCCAAGGGACCUGCCAACCCGCUGGCAGCAGCGCAGGCGGCAGCGGGUGGUGGGGGCAGCAGCAAUGGGCCUCAGCCGAUGGAUGUGGAUGCUGCCGCAGCAGCCGUGGCGGGGCUGCCGCCCGGCAUGAGCCGCCAGGACGUGGCUGCGGUGGAGGGCAAGGCAGCGCCCACAGGGGAGGUACUGGUUCGCCAGAAGCUGGGCUUCCUCAACUUCUCGGCGGCUGCCGGCAUGGACCCGACAGAGGUGCUGCAAGUCUACCUGGCAGCCGCCUGCGACCCCAAUGAGCAGGUGGUGUCCCGUCGUGGCGAUGAGCUACUGAAGAAGCGGUGCGGCAUCGACGCUCACAAGCCGACAGUGAACCUGGAGGCUGACAGUGUGGUGGAGCCGCUGUUUGAGCUCUUUCAUGGUACCGCCGAUGACGCUGCCCUGCCAGAACAGGCAAGUGAGCGCCGCCCACCCGCAGGCGUGGCGCUGCGUGCCCGCCUGCUCUCCAUCUUCUGCAAGAGCGUCGCCGCUGCCAGCUGCUUCCCCCACUCCCUCACGACGGUCACGGUGUGCCUGUACGGCCGGCAGACCACGCCGCGCCUGCGCCAGCUGGGCAUGGAGUUUGCUGUGUGGGUGUUCAAGCACGCGGCGCCGCAGCAGCUGGCGCCGGCAGCAGCAUCGAUACUGGACAGCCUCCUCCAGCUGCUGGACGACGGCAGCACACGAAGUGGCGACAGCACGGCACUCACGCUGCGUGGCUUCACCUAUCAGGCAGUGGGCCAGCUGGCACAGCGCCAGCCUCAGGCCUUUGCCGGCAGGACCGACAUUGCAGCCAGGUUCUUUGCCGCCCUGGCCACAGAGCCGCCUGGAGUGCGGGCGGCGGUGCAGGAGGCGACGGCCAGCCUGGCAUCUGCGUUCAGGGACGCCAAGGGCGAGACGGCGGCUGCGCUGCAGCAGCUGCUGCUCGAGUCUGUGGGGCAGCAGCAGCCAGAGGCGGUCCGCAUGGCGGCACUGCAGUGGGCCAUCAAGCUGUUCCCAUUCGCCCACAUCCCUGCACGCUACCUGUGCAUCCUCGCGGCAGCCGACCCUCGCUUCCAGAUUGCCGAGGCAGCGGCCGAGGGCCUGCACCCUCUCAAGUUUGCUAGCGGCGGCGCCAGCGGCGGCAGCACCGCCAGCAGCAGGAGCGGUGGCGGCGCCAGCCUCCCUGCCUAUCCAGAUUUCGCCGGGGUGCUGCAGUACCUGCAGCAGCAGGCCUUCCUGGCCGCCAUUUCUUUCCUAGAAUCCUGCCGGCGCCAGGCGGCAGGCACCACCGCCGCUGGCAGCAGCGGCGGCAUGGCUCCCGAUUCGGCAGCCAGCUACCUGCUGCUGCUGGAGAAUGCUCUGCUGGCGGCAGCCCCCAGCGAGCUGCACGCCGCAGCGCUGGGCGCCAUGCUGGCGGUGGCAGCGGCGCAGCAGGGCGCCUUUGCGGCUGCCUUUGCCGCCGAUGCCCCUCGCCAGCAGCUGCUGCUGCACCUGUUGGGCCACGUGGAUGCUGGAGCCCGGCAGGCUGCGGCGCAGCUGCUGGGAAUGCUGGUGCCGCACUUGGGAGCGCCCCCCAAGGGCCCAGCCGCGCAGCAGCCCGGCCAGGAGGUGCCCAGCCAGGGCGGCAGCCCAACGGCGCGUGUGUCGGCGCUGUGCGAUGCGCUGCUGAGCACGCUGCGCGUGGGCGGCGCCGACGGCGCCAAGCACGCCAAGCAGGAGCAGGUGGAGGGGGCGGCGGCGGGCGCGGGCACACCUCCAGUGCCGCAGGAACUGCUGCUGUCGCUGCUGCAGCAGCUGCGCCAACUGCUGCAGGCCCCCGCGGCCGCCGCUCCCGCGGCGGCCUCCACCACCGCUGGCACCAGCGGCUUGCGCGCAGGCGCUGCCCUGGCGCUGGCCCUCGCCGGCCUGCCGCUGGCGGCAGCUGGCACCAGCGAGGGCACAGAGCCAGCCAGGCUGCUGCUGCCUGCCCUGCCACACGCCGCUGGGGCGGCUGCCGAGACUGCCACACUGCUAGCAGACAAGGACCCUAAGAUUGCCAAGAAGGCCGCAGCAGCUCUGGGAUACCUCUGCUGGGCUCAUGCCGCAGCCCCGGUGGCAGCCACGGCUCCCGCUGGCUCACCCCCAGGCGGCGAUGUCGACAAGGAGGCAGCAGAUGCCACCGCCUCUGCUGCCGCUGACAGCAGCAGCAGCGCCGGCGGUUCCGCUGUUGGCAGCCUGCUGGAGCCGUCUGUGUCAGCGCUGCUGGCGCUGAGGACCAGCAAGAAUGAGGAGGUCUUGUUCGCGGCGGGGGAGGCGCUCUGUUUCUGCUUUGGAGGCGUGCAAGUCACUCCUGACGACAUCCUGCAUACUCCUUUCACCUCGCUGGCAGCAGCCUGGAAACAGCAACAACAGCCAGGGCAGGGGCGGGCGGCACAAGAUCAAGCCCAGCCCUCAGCUAUGGAGGUGGAGGGAGAUGGCGCGACCGCGGGCGGUGACGCGCCAGGCACCAGUGUGGCGCUGGCGGCCGCGCAGCAGCAGAUUCUGGGCGCUGUGAUGGAUGAGUGCUUGCUCAACUCGCGUGUGGAGGUCCGGUGCGCGGGCGCCGUGUGGCUGGUGUCUCUGCUGCUGUACUGCGGGCGCCACCCGCGCCUGCUGCCGCUGCUGCCAGAUGUGCAGCAGGCGCUCAGCUCGCUGCUGGGCGACCAGAACGAGCUCACGCAGGAGAUGGCAAGCCGUGGGCUGGCUGCUGUGUACGACAUGGCUGGUGAGGGCACCCGCAAGGCCCUGCUCGACUCCCUAAUUGGCACGCUCAGCGGCGCGCCCCAGAAGCGGCGGGCGGUGAAGCUGAGCAAGGACAGCGAGCUGUUUGAGGCGGGGCAGCUGGGUUCGGUGCCCGGGGGCGGCACGCUGACCACCUACAAAGAGCUGUGCUCUCUGGCCACCGAGCUGGGGCAGCCAGACCUGGUGUACCGCUUCAUGGAGCUGGCAAACCACCAGGCGGCGGUGAACAGCAGCCGCGGCGCAGCUUUCGGCUUUGCCUCCAUCGCCAAGCUGGCAGGCGAGCAGCUGGGCCCCCACAUCGUGCGCAUCAUCCCGCGCCUCUACCGAUACCUGUACGACCCCAAUGGCAAGGUGCGGGACGCCAUGUCCCACAUCUGGCACGCGCUGCUGGAUGACCCCAAGGCCUCUGUCACCCAGAACUUUGAUGCCAUCAUGCGUGCCCUGCUUGUGGAUCUGGGCGGCGGGCAGUGGCGGGUGCGGGAGGCGGCGGCGCUUGCCAUGGGAGACCUGCUGCAGGGGCGGCGCUGGGGCGAGCUGCAGCCGCACUUUGAGCAGCUGUGGGUAAUGACCCUGAGGGUGAUGGAUGACAUCAAGGAGAGCGUGAGGCAGGCAGGCAUUGCGCUGGCCAGGAGCGUGCGAGGCUUGACGCUGCGGCUGGCAGAUGUGGAGCUGACGCCGGCUGGCGAAGGCCGGCAGGCGGUGGGCGUCGCGCUGCCCCUCAUGCUGGAGACAGGGCUGCCCUCCACCGUGCCUGAGGUCCAGGCGCUGGCCCUGGACACCACCUGCAAGCUGGCGGCGGCGGCGGGGCCCGAGCUGCUGCGCCCGCACAUGCCGCUGCUGGUGCCGGCCAUGCUGGAGAGCCUCAGCGGCCUGGAGGACAGCCGGCUCAACUACAUCGAGCAGCAUGCGGAGCGGCUGGGGCUGGAUGCGGGGCGGCUGGAGGGGGCGCGUGUGGCGGCAGCGCAGGGCGGCCCUGCUGGAGAGACGCUGGAUCUGUGCGCCAGGUAUGCUGACGUGGCGACCAUGGCUGAGCUGGCGCCUCGGCUGGGGGCGCUGGUGCGGCGUGGAGUGGGGCUCAACACCCGCGCCGGCGCAGGCCGCUUCAUCACGCAGGUCACCCGGCGCCUGGGCGGCGACAUGCAGCCGCUGGCCUCCCAGCUCAUAAAGGCCCUGACCGAGGCCUGCCGCUCAGACCGCAGCCCCGCCGUGCGCAAGGCCUAUGCCGCCGCGGCAGCGCUGCUCUGCCGACACGCCCCGACCGCCCGCGUCAACCGCUUUGUGACGGAUGCGCUGGCUAGCUUGGCAGCGGAGGGCGCCGACAGGGACGAUCGAUACGUGGCAGGUCUGCUGCUGCGGGAGCUGGGCCACGAGUCCUCUGAUGUGCUGGAGGCGCAUGCCGGCGAGGUAGCGCCCCCGGCCUACAUGGCUCAGUUUGAUGAGGAAGCUGACGUGGCGGCAGUGUGGCGCGAGGUGUGGGAGGAAAGCACGGCGUCCGCGGGCGCAGGCCUGCGCCUGCACAUGACAGAGGUUGUGAAGCUCGUGACGUCCGGCCUGCAGUCGGGGCAGUGGAGCCGCAAGAAGGCGGCGGCGGCGGCGGCGGCCCAGAUCUGCAAGGCUGGCGCGGAUGCGCUGGUGCCGCACGCGCCCGCGCUGCUGGAUGCUCUGCUGAAGGAGCUGCCCGGGCGCAUCUGGGAGGGCAAGGAGGUGGUGCUGGGUGCGACGGGCGCGCUGAGCGCGGCGUGCGCCGCCUCGCUGGCGCCGCCCCAGCGCCGCCGCGUGGUGGCGGCGCUGCUGGAGGCGGCGGGCAAGAAGCGGGCAGCGUACCGCAAGGAAGCCCUGGUGCAGCUGGAGGUGGUGCUGCUGGCGUUUGGUGGCGGCGGUGCGGAUGGGGCAGCCAGUGGCAGCAGCGUGGCUGGUGGCGGCAGCGGUGUAGUGGCUGGCGGGAGCGGGGCGGCUGGGGAGGCUGAGGGUGCGGCAGAGGCGGGAGAAUUUUACCCCAUGGUAGCGCCGCUUAUGCUGGAGCUGGCAGGCAGCUACGUGGAAGCUGCCCAAGGCGGCGGUGCCAUGGAGACCGAUCAGCAGCACCAGGGGCAGCAGCAGGGGGAGGCGCACCCUGGCAAGGCGGUGCCGGUGGCGCAGGUGGCCGCCUGCCUGGGGGCCGCCUUUGCCACGGCAGGCCCUGCCACGGCGCAGGCGCAUGCGGAUGCGGCUGUGGCAUCGCUGGCGGCGCUGCUGUGCGCCGCCGGCAAGGCGGCAGACCAGAUGGCGGCGGUGGCGGCGGGGUGCCGCGUGGCGGAGCAUGCGGCGCGCAUCUCGGCGGCGGCGCCUGGAGCAGCGCGGCAGGCCACGGUGCUGGUGCCGCAGCAGGAGGGCGUGGCAGCGCUGCUGCAGGCUGCGCUGCGGCUGGCGGAGGAGGGCAAAGUGGCGCAGCUGCGGGAGCAGUGCUACAAGCUCAGCGAGCUGCUGCUGGAGCAGCUGUGGAGGGCGCUGCCGGAGGCUGAGCGGGUGGCGGUGCUGUCGCGGCUGGGCACGGCAGAGGGGCGGGAGAAGCUGCCGGCCAUCAAGGCGCAGGCCAGUCACCUGGCCGCCAAGCUGCGGCAGCUUGCAUGA